CAUCCCGCCACAUUCCUGGGGAGUCCUCAGCUGCCAGCAUCUGAUUAGAACCAUAUCUCUCUCUCUCUCCCCGGGAGUGGCCGCGCGGCACCGAGGCUCCCUGCCGGCGGCUAUUUAAGCGGGGCCCACUGAGUCCCUAGCGCUGCAACCUAGAGGCUCCGGACACGGAGAAGUCAUGCUGGCUCCGCAGAGGCACUAGCUAGCCCGUGUGUGCCGAGGAGGGUUAUGUUCGUUUGAGACCUGCGCAUCAAGGAUUGCUUGGUGUCAGCGAGCGUCUGCUGCUGGGUUUUCUGUCUGCCUUCUCGUCAUGUCUAACGAAGUUGAAGCCAGCACGACCAAUGGUCAGCCUGACCAACAGGCUGCCCCGAAAGCGCCAUCAAAGAAGGAAAAGAAGAAAGGCUCCGAAAAGACAGAUGAGUAUCUGUUGGCCAGGUUCAAAGGUGAUGGUGUAAAAUACAAGGCCAAGCUAAUCGGGAUUGAUGACGUGCCCGAUGCAAGAGGAGACAAAAUGAGCCAAGAUUCUAUGAUGAAACUCAAGGGAAUGGCAGCAGCUGGCCGGUCUCAGGGACAACACAAGCAAAGGAUCUGGGUCAACAUCUCCCUGUCUGGUAUCAAAAUUAUCGAUGAGAAAACUGGGGUAAUAGAGCAUGAACAUCCAGUAAAUAAGAUUUCUUUCAUUGCUCGUGAUGUGACAGAUAACAGAGCGUUUGGUUAUGUGUGUGGAGGAGAAGGCCAGCAUCAAUUUUUUGCCAUAAAAACUGGCCAACAGGCUGAACCUUUAGUCGUCGAUCUUAAAGACCUUUUUCAAGUUAUCUACAAUGUAAAGAAAAAGGAAGAAGAAAAGAAAAAGGUCGAAGAAGCUAGCAAAGUGGAAGAGAAUGGGAGUGAGGCCCUAAUGACCCUUGAUGAUCAAGCUAACAAACUGAAGCUGGGUGUUGACCAGAUGGAUUUGUUUGGGGACAUGUCUACACCUCCAGACCUAAAUAGUCCAACAGAAAGCAAAGAUAUCCUGUUAGUGGAUCUAAACUCUGAACUCGACACCAAUCAGAACUCUUUAAGAGAAAAUCCAUUCUUAACCAAUGGCGUCACCUCCUGUUCUCUCCCUCGACCAAAGCCUCAGGCAUCCUUCUUGCCUGAAAAUGCCUUUUCUGCCAAUCUCAACUUCUUUCCCACCCCUAAUCCUGAUCCUUUCCGUGAUGAUCCUUUUGCACAGCCAGACCAAUCGGCACCCUCUUCGUUUGAUUCUCUCACAUCUCCAGAUCAGAAGAAAGCGAACCUGAGUAGCUUGUCUACUCCGCUGAGUAAAGGGCCCCUGAACGGUGAUACCGAUUACUUUGGUCAGCAAUUUGACCAGAUCUCUAACCGGACUGGCAAACAGGAAGCUCAGGCAGGCCCGUGGCCCUAUCCAAGUUCGCAAACCCAGCAAGCAGUGAGAACUCCAAAUGGGGUAUCUGACAGAGACCAGAACGGCUUCCAUAUCAAACCUUCCCCGAACCCUUUUGUGGGAAGCCCUCCCAAAGGACUCUCAGUACCGAAUGGCGUAAAGCAGGACUUGGAAAGCUCUGUCCAGUCCUCCGCGCAUGACUCCAUAGCCAUUAUCCCACCUCCACAAAGUACCAAACCCGGAAGAGGCAGAAGGACUGCUAAGUCUUCAGCAAAUGACUUGCUUGCCUCAGACAUCUUUGCCUCAGAACCUCCAGGCCAGACGUCACCCACAGGACCACCUGCAGCCCCACAGACCAACCCUUUGGAUCUCUUCAAAACAAGCGCUCCUGCCCCGAUGGGGCCCCUUGCAGGUCUAGGGGGUGUUCCAGUAACACCCCCUCAAGCAGGACCUUGGGCACCUGUCGUCUUCAGUCCUUCUACAGCUGUGGUCCCAGGAGCCAUAAUAAGCGGCCAGCCUUCAGGUUUCGGUCAGCCGAUCGUUUUCGGUACAACCCCAGCGGUUCAAGUCUGGAACCAGCCUUCGUCGUUUGCGACCCCAGCUUCCCCUCCAGCCCCCGCAGUCUGGUGCUCAGCUGCACCCGUGGCACCACCCAAUGCUUGGUCAUCCACAAGCUCCCUGGGGAAUCCUUUCCAGACUAACACCUUUUCACCUCCUGCCAUGCCCAUUCAGCCCUCGCCUGCGCUGCCCUCUGUGGCCACGCCUCCUCAGCCACCUCCCAGAAAUGGGCCGCUAAAGGACAUUCCCAGUGAUGCUUUCACUGGCUUAGACCCACUCGGGGACAAAGAAGUCAAGGAAGUGAAGGAAAUGUUUAAGGACUUCCAGCUGCGGCAGCCACCUGUACCCUCAAGGAAGGGGGAGACACCGGCCACAGGGACUUCGAGUGCCUUCUCCAGCUAUUUCAACAAUAAAGUUGGCAUCCCUCAGGAGCAUGUAGACCAUGACGAUUUUGAUGCCAAUCAGCUGUUGAGCAAGAUUAACGAACCACCAAAGCCAGUUCCCAGACAGGGUCUCCUCUCGGGUACCAAGUCUGCUGACAAUUCACUUGAGAACCCCUUCUCCAAAGGAUGCUUAAGUUCAUCACAGCCCCCCGUGGCUUCUCAGCCCGCAUCUUCUGAUGCCCGCAGGAGCCCUUUUGGAAAUCCUUUCGCCUAGCUUCUGACAUUGUCAUGCUGACUACCCAGAGGAACAAAAGACUGGCUUUAGCCAAGGACAAGAGCUGAGAGCCAGACACGUGCGGACCUCUGUCCUUGUUCCUUCCACCUUUGACAUAUUAUCUGUUGCCUUACUUGUCUUUGCCUCUUGUAAAAUGCCUUAUACUUUCUGUCUAGGCUGAAGCUAAACCGAAACUAUGGUUUUUCGUAAAUUAAGCUCCUAAACUCUCUAGCUCAACUAUAAAUGAAGUAGCUCCCCUGCCAAAUUCUUGUCCUUUGUGCCCUGUGACCCUCUCAGAAUACUCCCCCUCCUACCCUCCAGUUGGGAGGUGCGGCCACCUUAACCCUUCAUUUGACGUUACCCCGAGGAAAUGCCCAAAUCCUCGUAGCUCCAAGUCAUUUGAUGUUCCUGGUAUGCAGAAUAACUUAAACAUUCUGUUAGUAGGACAGCAAGAUACCUUGCUUCCCAUCCCUACUCAGACAGGUUUUGGGGUAAAAUGAAAGCAAGACUUCUCAGUCACAAAUGAGGACCUGUUCAAGAUGACCGUUUUGGCAUUAUCAGCCAAAAUCAUUAUGCCCUCAGAGGUGCUUGUCAUCGACUUGAAACGAAGAAAAUUCUAACUCCAAACAUCAGGCAUUAUUCAAGGCGAAUAAAACAGUUUCUCCCUGGGGCCUCACAUUGUUUUCAUUCCAGAUGUUUGACCCUGUUGACCUUAUGGCCUGAAUUUCCCUUGAUGAUCCUAAUUUCAUAUCAUGUGAUUUUUCUUUCUCAAUAAAAAUGAUUUUUGUGGCAA